AUGCCUCGAACAUUAUUACUCUGCUUCAUCCACGGAUUUAAGGGGGACGACGAUACCUUCCGAACAUUCCCAAACGAUUUGCAACAGAGAGUAGCCGGCAAACUCCCGGAUCAUAACGUCGAGUCCAUAGUGUAUCCGAAAUAUGACACGAGAGGCGAGUUGGGUCCAUGCUGCUCAUCAUUUCUAUCAUGGCUAAAGGAAAAGGUAAUGGACGUGAGAAAAGCACGUUCUGAGAAGCCCUGGCCGCCUCAUGACAGAGACGUAGGAGUUAUCUUAGUCGCGCAUUCAAUGGGGGGGUUCGUCGCUUCAGACACUCUUUUCCUUAUUCUGAAUGAGCGGAUUGCGCAUGGACAGGAAGGAUCACCAAUCUUCCCCCUAAUCCAGGGGGUUCUAACCUUCGACACACCGUUCAAUGGUCUAGCGCGAUCUAUGUUCGUUUAUGGUGCGUUCUCAAAUUACCAGAAAGUGAGCACUGUUUUCAACGUUAUGACUGCCCUCUCGGCGGCACCGUCGGCUCUCGGGAAGUCUGCCUUCAAGAAGACAGCGGCGCGUGUCUCGUCCACAAAACCAUCCAACCCAGCUUGGAAGGGCUGGCAACUCGUUGCGGUGCGUACCGGUACGGUCGGUGCCAUAGCCGCUGGUGGCGUUGCCGCUUAUGUGCACCGCCAAAAGAUUAUAGAUGGGAUGCGUAGCAUGCGAAACCUCAACAAAGAGUCAGUUAAAGAAGGGUAUCAGCAAAGCAUGGAUACGCUCAGUCAGGGGCUAGCGUAUAUCAACCGCGGAAAUGUCGGAAAGUCAUUUGAAUACCUCUCCGACCACUUCACCUUUGUCGGCACACUCAUGAAGCAACAAGAACUGGCUCGGAGACUAGAACGCAUGGCUGCGCUUCAAGGCAUCGGUAUUCAUGAUUUCUUCACUUCUCUGGGGGAGAAUGGAAUGUGGAGCGGGGGCUACUUCGUACCCGAGCGAACAUUCUGCGCCAUCCCAGUGAAGGAUCAUCAAGCGUACCACAUCUUCUCGCGGCAAGUCAUCAAGAAGGUAGAAGAUGAAGUUCAAGCGCACAUGAGCAUGUUCAUUAGGGACAAAAACGAACAAUACGAUCAGAUGACGGAGGAGGCUAGUAAUCUCGUAAUUCGCUGGUUCAAUGAUGAUUCCAACAUCGUGGAUGAUCCCAAGUUUGCUUCGCCCCCGCCACCAGAGCCCGUUGAGCAACCUGUCACUACGACGGAAGAUGGCCAAGAAGUCCCGAUAAUAGAUAAGGACACCGAGUCAACGCUGAAAGAAAUGGAGGACGAAGGUCAGGACGACAGUGAACUUCCCGAUACAUCACCGUUGGACAUUACUGCUGCUGCAUCUGUCGUCCCAUUGCCCGACAGCGACGAGGAAUUCACGCAAGACGACGAAACCACAGAGGCGAGGAAAAGCACAUACAUGCGAUACCUCAUGCAAGUUGCACAGCAAGCAGGAACCGGGGUUAAGUCUUACGUACCAACUAGAAUGCCCGAGAUGCCUCAAAUCCCGUCGGGGUCUAGCUUCAAGUCAUAUCUCCCUACGCAAAUGCCACAGAUGCCGAGUAUACCGAAACCAUCUGUCAAUAUGUUUUCCAAGAAACAAGAGCCGGCGGCUUCUGAGACAGAUAAACCCGUAGAAACGUCAGAACCCGAAGCCACCGGAGAAUCCACCGGCGGGAGGGAGAGAGCGGAUAGUGGAGUGCACCUUAGUUCGGAGCCUACCGGGUCAACCGAGCUUCGUCAAGACCCUGACACGAUGGAAGAACCGACCAUAGCGGCAGCUAAAUAAGAGAUAGGGGACAGGAUGCUAAGGUCCAUAGAUGUGUUUGGGGAUGUUUUGCGUUAGAUGCGUAAGGUACCUGCCUACAGAGUAUCUACAGUACUCACCUGCAUAAUACAGAACGGAAUACGAUGAAGUCAGAUUCAGUA